AUGGGCGCUUGUGCAGGCAAACACCAACACCUCAAGCGUGAGGCGCACGACAAGUACCUCCCGGUGCCCAUCAAAAACCACAACAACAAUAGCACCAACGACUUGAUCGUCAAGUUUCGCGAAUCGCAAAACUUGGACAACAAAAACAUUCCCAGAAUAUACCGCUUAUCAUACCUGAGCCGAGACUUUGAUCCCCGAUCCUUUGACUUUAGUGAUGAACUAUGCGUUCACAUCCUAAGCUACCUAUCCCUCGAGGACCGCCUGCGCCUGGAGUCUGUAUGCCAACAGUGGCAGCGAUUAAUCUACCGGAGCGUACGUACCCUUGACUACCCCCUCCCGAGUAGGCUAUACUCGCAUUUAGAUGGGAAUUACAUGUCAGACAAGCACUGGCUAUACGUGUCGAGACAGGUGCUCCGAAAGUGUCACUUUUUGACCAAGGUUAGGUUGUUGGAUACGUGCGAUACGGAUGUGCUUGCUGUUUUGGCUAAGAAUUGUCACUGGUUAGAGUCAAUUGAGUGGAGGUUCCAUAAUUUGUUACCUGUGCGCCGGGAGGUGUUGAGUAAACUAUGCGACAAUUGUGGUAAUAGUUUAACUUGCAUCAGGGUAAAGGAACUGGAUGAACAAGCGUUUAAUUCAGAGUCGGGGCUAUCGGUGCUCAUCGUCUACAGUGAAUACCUGCUAAACAUCCGCACCGUUAGUGUUGCCAUCGAUUCCGACAAAUGUCUCAAAUAUUUUCAACUCUUCGCCGACAUCUAUAACCAAAGGAUAACAUCACUGGAAAUACGGCUCAAAUUCAGCACAUUUUACACACAACUGGAGGACACCUUUGCAUCCAUAGCCCAGUUCCUAAACCUCCAGUCCCUCACCAUAACCUUGGAGUCGGAGUACCCCUUGGACGUUGAGCUCAGCGCCGGUGCCUCACUAUUAGCUCAUUGUUGUCAAAACCUAACGGCGCUGACCCUUGAACUCCGGGAUCACAUACGAUGCACAUCCGGGUCGGUACUGGAAAGCCUACAGCCGUUUCGAUCCCUAACCUCCCUGUCCGUUCGGAUCCGCUCCCCAGACAUUGAAUUGGGUUCACUUGAAUGGCUGACCGCUAUGUCCGGGUUGACUGACCUACAGGUGCUGUACAGCGGGUUAGACGACGAGAUGUUCCUAAAUAUCGACAAAUACUGUCCACUCGUACGGCGUUUAGUACUGAAAACACGGGAACGCCUAUCAAACGAAACCCUAUACUCUGUGUCCCUAUUGAAGUCAUUACGCGAUUUACGAGUAUACUGUCCACCCUAUGCCAUACAGGGUAUCACUGAUACCGGGGUCUGUCACCUACUGAACCACUGCCAGAAUAUACGGAAUAUUCUAUUGGAAUGCGGCGUAAAGUUAACGGAAAUAUCGUUUCUAACGCUAAACGCGUGGGCAAACAGCCGGCCCUCCCGUUCCCAUCGGUUCAGCUUCUGUUGGCAACGACCCCCAGAAAUGGCCGAUACGUAUGAUCCAAGGGCUAGACUGCCAGCCCAUGAGCUAUGGCCAGACCUACUGUGUCUGCCCGAGAAUCUGACGAUCGUUUGUCGCGAAUAUUUUGCCGGCAAUAGUGAGGCUAUUGUUCGGAACGGUAUCCAACGGUAUGGCCGACAGUUCACGUGGACUGACCCCGGAGUGGGUGCGGGAGAUAAGAGGGUAGCGAAUAGGGAGAGCGCGCAGAGCGGUCAACACCCGCCCCAAACACCGCCCGUGUAUUACAGAUUCGGCGCGUUUCCCGAUGUCGUGCCACACGUCGCGUGA